GAUACAUACACCAAAAUGGACGGAGCGCAACAAAAUAAAAAAUGCGCCAGAGCCACAAAAGCGCAGCUGAAAUGGCUGAAUUCAAACAAAGUAAUCGACAGAUCCUAAGCGGGAAGAACACACCAAAUGAUCCUCAAGCUCAGAAAAGAUUGUGGGACGAAAUAGCUUUGAGCUUAAAUUCAUUUUAUGGGCCGAAUAAAACUUCGGCAAAAGGGAAAGUGUCUUUAAGCAACUGGAAGAAGCAGCUCUGCUCGGGCGCGAAAGCUAAGAGCGGAACGCUUGCGCACUGGCGGAGGUUCGUUUUCAGGCGAAGAGUUAUCGGAGUUCGAGGAACAAGCUCUUUCUGCAUUUGGCAUGGGCGCAGUCAAUGGAUUGGAGUGCGUAACCUUAGGUCUUCCUGGCACAUUCACAACUCCUGCGACUCCAUCACCACUAUGCGAGGAGGAAGAAUACGUGAUUGAGGAAACGCUGGUCGAAUCGCCAACCGCGUUAACCGUAGACCCAAAUAUAUCCAACAUUACCGCAGCCUCUGAUGCAUGGCUUUCGAUUGCUCCUACCACUUCUCAGCAACAAAAAGUGACAAAGGAUGCAACUUAUAAGAUGAUGGCUGAAGAUUUGCAGUCUCAAAGGCAGAGUGAUGAGCAGCUAUCUUCUGCAUUGAUGCAAAUGGGGAAAGGGUUGGAGAUUUUGGGCAAUGUAAUCUCAAAAUUAGCCGAUAAGCUGUAGUUAGUUUUUUUUUAUUAGCUACAUAAGGGAAUUUUUUCUAUCCAAAUGAAUUGCUAUAAGUUUUUUAAGUGUUU